UUGCAAUUCAAACUAUCUGGUGAUAUUUAAGGGUUAUUCUAGGGAGUUUUCUGUCAAAUGUCAAAAUAGUCAUUUUCAUAAUAAAACAAGUGCUUCUAAUUCGUUGUUUGAGUGUUUAUACAGGUUUUUAUUGUUUUUAAAGCUUGCCGAAGUAUUUUCGAGUUACUUAAUGCAAUAAUUCUGUGAUUAUUAAAUAUAAGUAGUAAAGUUUUCGUGCACUAUGGAACAAAUAGUCGUUAAAAAAGAACCUGUCGACAAUUUCGAUGGACCUAGUACAUCUGCUGACCAGGAAAGGCUUUUAACCUCUGGGAUAGCAAUAAAACAGGAGAUCAAAGAAUUGGAUGAUGGCGACAAAUCCAUGGUUUACGACGAAUCGGGGGUGAAAGAAGAAUCGGAAAUGUCCACAGAUGUAGAAAACUAUGUUGAUGAACCCGAGCUAGUUGAAAUAAAAUUCGAAGCCGAAGACAAAACGUUUCUUGACCAAGGAUCUGAAAUCAACGAUGGUGAUGAAGAAAGUGACAAUUAUUCGUCACGCAAUGAAGAAAAAGAUGAGGAUGAAGGCGUGUUUGAGACGAACAUUGAGAUGGAAUAUCAUGGGGUUGAAUGUGAUGAUAUGAGUGGCAAUAAAAAGUUGUUUAAGUGUGAGAUUUGUUUUAAGCGAUAUAAAAGUAAUAGUAGUUUGAAAACGCAUUUAAAAAUUCACGACAAAACCAGUUAUUUAAAAUGUAACUUUUGUGAGUAUUCUGCUGCCAAAUUAUGGUGUUUAAAUACACACAUUGUCACCAAACAUAAAUCAAAAAUUGAGGGAGACAAUAAAAUAAAAAUAAAUUAUAAAAUUCAUGAAUGCUCGAAAUGUUCAUAUUCAACUGUUUAUAAAUCAUCUUACACUAGGCACAUAAAUAAAUGUUUAAAAUUAGAAAAUAUCAAAUGGUAUAAAUGUGGAGUUUGCUACUAUAAAAGUACUCUACAAAUUAAUGUAACAAAUCAUGCAAAAUCCCACAACGAAAUUAAAGAAUUCAAAUGUUUAUUUUGCAAAUAUCAAACCAAUGCAAAACAAAGUUUAGACAACCAUAUUUUAAAUAAACAUUCCGAUUGUUUGAACAAAGACAAUACAAAUUUAAUCACUUGAAAAGUUCAUGAAUGUCAACACUGUACAUUUAAAACCACUGUUAUACAUAGUGUUAAAAGACAUUUAAAAAUUAAACAUUGAUUAAAUAAUUUU